UAAACCCGUGCAAGUCCAAAAACCCUUUUUAUCGAAUUAGGGUUUUCCAGACCAUAAACUAAUCGCUGGAUUCAUCAGCUACUUCCGUUACUUCUUCUCCCUUCAACAAUCCCUGAAAAUGGCGACUCAGAUCAGCAAAAAGCGAAAGUUUGUGGCUGAUGGAGUGUUCUUUGCGGAGCUAAACGAGGUGUUGACGAGAGAGCUGGCGGAGGAUGGAUACUCUGGGGUCGAGGUCAGGGUCACUCCCAUGCGGACCGAGAUCAUCAUUAGGGCCACUCGUACUCAGAACGUUCUCGGUGAGAAGGGAAGGAGGAUCAGAGAGCUGACAUCUGUUGUACAGAAGCGGUUCAAGUUUCCAGAAGGCAGUGUGGAGUUGUACGCCGAGAAAGUCAACAACAGGGGGCUUUGUGCUGUUGCUCAGGCCGAGUCUCUUCGCUACAAGCUACUCGGUGGACUCGCUGUUCGGAGGGCUUGCUAUGGUGUUUUGAGAUUUGUUAUGGAGAGCGGGGCAAAGGGAUGCGAGGUGAUUGUCAGUGGAAAACUGAGGGCGCAGCGUGCCAAGUCCAUGAAAUUUAAGGAUGGUUACAUGAUCUCUUCUGGUCAACCAGUCAAUGAAUAUAUUGAUUCAGCCGUCCGACAUGUUCUUCUUAGACAGGGGGUACUUGGUAUAAAGGUCAAGAUCAUGCUUGAUUGGGAUCCCAAGGGUAAGCAGGGUCCUACAACACCUCUUCCAGAUGUUGUCACAAUCCAUACUCCUAAAGACGAAGACGAAUACAUCAGGUCAUCAGUGAUCCAAACUGCUGAGGUUGAGGCUGCCAUGCCCCCAAUUAUGGUUUAAAGCAUCAGUGGUGUUUCGGAUGUUGUUUCUCUUUUUGAAUGUUUGAGUUUCUGUUACUUUUUCUUUGCAGACUCUUUUGGGUCUAUAAAAAUGUCGGCCCCAGCGACAGCUUGGUUAUUAAUUAUUAUUAUUGUUUUGGUGGGGUAACUAGCUUAUUUAAAUUUUGUCGAAUACUUGUAAUUGGAUUUACGAGAGCAGUUCAUCGGAAUUGUCUUUUUGUUUUAACAUUGUGUGCUGUUUUUUAGUUCAGUUGGCACGUACUAAUCUAUCUUCCGCCCAGCCCUUCAGAAAUCCCAGUUAAUUUUGUUAGUACAUUGUAGGGCUUUACCUUCGGCCACGACUCCCAUAGAUUGCUAUGUGGUGAUGAGAGCAAUACUAGCCAAAGAUUGACGACUCCCAUAGAUUGCUAUGUGGCGAUGAGAGCAAUACUAGCCAAAGAUAUAUGGAAUUGCCACGGGUAGUGAUUUCAUGAGUAGCUGUCGGCUGAAUGCUUAACCGAUUUUACUAAGGUUGAUGAGAAUUGGGGUUAGUGUAAAUUCCUGUGACAAUGGGGAAAAAAUUCAAAUUCAUUUCAACAUCUCCUCACAAUUGAGAGGAGGAUGUGUAAAUAUAGGAUUCUGUUUGUAGCAUUGUUCUUCCAUUAUUGCAGCUUACCUUGUGUUAGCAUCCUCCAUCCAUUUUUUUUUCCCUUUCUGACACAGGAAAUUUGACCCAACAGAAAUGAAAUUGCAUUUCAGAUUUUGCGAUUGUGAAUUCUGAAUGCUUUUGACCGAAUUGAAGCCAAUACAAGAGGAUAGAUAGAAACAUUAAUUAGAUAGAGUUACAUGAUCAAGAAGGAAGGAAAUAGAAAGCUAGUAUACUAUAAACCGUAAUCCAAAGCCAUUUUCUUCCACUCUCAGCUCCUCUUGACGGGGUCGAAAUUAGAAACACCAAUCACAGCCCCAAGGAUUGCCGCGAGCACCACUCCGCCAGCCCCAAUGCUGAGCAAGAAGUUAUUCAGUGACGGCGUUAACCCGGACCCCGCCGCCUCAGCCACCUCCGGCACCACCAUCGACGCCGCCAUUGCCGCCGCCGCUGUCAAUCCCACCCCCGCUUUCUCUUUCAGCGAAGCCCUAACUUGGACCACCCUCGAUUCCGCCGCCGCCUUGGAAGGCCUCCUCACCGGCAAUGGCUUGAUGAAGGCUGCGGCCAGAAUAGUUGAAGUAGAGGCCAUUUUGUGGGUGAGAAAUUGGUUUAUGUGGAUUUUGGUAGGGUUUUAGUGAGAGGAGGAAGAUGGGUAUUACGUUGAGAUAUGAGGAGUUGAUUUUGAGAGAGAU